AUGACUCAACAAACUCACGAAGAAUUAUUCAAUGAAAACAUGUGUGGAAGUGCGUUGCCAACUGAAAUAAAAUAUGGUGAUAGAUCUGCUGAAGAUACCUUGUUGAAUAAUUGCAUCAAAUUCUUAAUUGAAAGUCCAAGAUUGAGCAAUAUGAGUGAAAUUGCCAAGGUUUUGAUCAAGGAACCUGAUUGUAAGGACGCUUGCAUGGGAUUGGAAAGAUUGAUUUUCAGAGUUGUUCACAAUGCUGACAGUAAGGAAGCUUCUGGUUUCCUUGGAUAUUCUAACAAGGUUAAUGGUACUGAAUUGGUUGUCACUUUGGACUGCAACUUGAGUCUUGAUAUGAAAGACAAAGUCCCUCUGCUGAUUCUGAAGCUAAAAAGUUAA